AUGGUGCCUCCACGACGACCACAUCAUCACGCACGACAUUAUCUGCACCUCCUGGGGAAGGAGUUCACCACCAGCAGGCACUUGUUUGCCGUGCUUCAGCGGCACGACAAGAUCUCCGCCGCGGGUCCUGGAAUUGACCACUUCCGCCCUCCAGAUGAGCAACAUGUCUCCACGCCUCAGCAAGUCGAGGUCUGGAGAAUCGGCAACGGAACGGAUGCGACUGCGGGCGGGACUCCUGUUUCUGCCAGUGCCGCUGCCACUGCCAUUUCCACGCCCGCGGUGGUGGUGGCAGGCAGUGGGUAUGAGCUUCGGGGAGCUAAGAACUACAUCGACUUCACCAGCAAAGGCAAGUACGACUUCUUGUACUUGCCCGUCGACUUCGAGAAGAAUACCAACGUCGGGUACCCCUUCAUCGACUUCGCAAACCACGGGGACAUCCUGGAUUUCCUCACUGGGAGUUUUGCCGGCGGCUACCGCCAAGGCAGCGACUCCUUUGCUCCCUAA